CAAGAGCAUAAAAGUCCAGGGUACCUCAGCUUUCCUCCCACCACUACUGGCCCAGAGUGCAACCCUUCAGGGGCCAAGGCGAGGAGCAGCUUUGGAGAAUGAAGGAAGUAGAAAUGAAAGGCGACAAGGUCUACUUCUGCACAGACAACCAGGUUGUCUCCCUGCACCGCCACGGCCCGGACUCCUCGGCAGCGACUCCUACUGCCCCCAAGAAACAAAGGCUUCUUCAAGCCACCCUGGCAUUUUUGGUCGUGACCAUUGUCAUCUCUCUUAUGGCUCUCUUUGUUGUGGUCCUACAGAAACCAAGGCCUGCGCUGGCAUCUUAUGCCUACUCCCAAGAGUUUCCAGGAGACAACACUACUGGGCAGUUCCCCGUGGAACCUGAGGAUCUCUACCACCUUGGCAGGGUGGCAGAAUUGCAAGAGGCCAUCCAGAUGUUUAAAGACCAUGUGGAGAAUUCCAGCACAUGGAGCAUGGAGAUCCAGAUGUUGAUGUGCAGAGUGGAUAAUGUCAGUUCUCAGAUCCAGAUGCUCGGUGGUCAUCUGAAAAAUGCCAGUGCUGACAUCCAGGUGGUAAAAGGCGCUCUAAAGGAUGCCAGUACCUUGAGCAUCCAGACCCAGAUUUUAAAGAGUUCCUUAGAGGGGGCCAGUGCUGAGAUCCAGAGACAGAAGGGAGAUCUGGAAAAGGCAAAUGCUUUAAAUUCCCAGACCCAGAGUUUCCUAAAAACUAGUUUAGAAAACACCAGCCUUGAGCUCCACAUGUUAAGCAGAGGCUUAGAAAAUACCAACACUGAAAUUCAGGCAUUGAAGGCAGGACUGAAAGUGGCAAAUGCCCAGGCCCAGUUGACAAACAGUAGUUUAAAAGGUGCUAAUGCUCAGAUACUUGUUUUAAGAGGCAAUCUGGAUAGUGUCAAUGAUUUAAGGGCCCAGAAUCAGGUUUUAAGAAAUAGUUUGAAAGGAACCAAUGCUGAGAUUCAGAAGCUAAAGGGAAGCCUGCAAAAAGCAAAUGAUCUAAACUCCCAGAUGCAGACCCUUGUAAAAGGCAGUUUAGAUAACACCACUGCUGAGAUCCAGCUAUUAAGAGGUCAUUUGGAAAGAGCUGGUGAUGAGAUUCAUCUGUUAAAAAGAGGUUUGGAAACGACCACUGCUCAGACCCAAAUGGCAAACGGUCGCCUAGAGCAGACAAACGCUCAGAUCCAAGGAUUAAAAACAGAGCUGGAAAACACCAAUGCCUUAAAUUCCAAUAUUCAGGUGUUAAAGGAUCAUCUGAAAAAUGACAGCAGAGAGAUACAGAACCUAAAACGAGGAAUGAAAGAUGCUGUGGCCUUAAAAUCCAAGACACAGGUGUUAGAGAGCAAGUUGCAGGGAGCCAAUGCUGAGAUUCAGGAGCUAAAGGGAAGCCUGCAAAAAGCAAAUGAUCUAAACUCCCAGACGCAGACCCUUAUAAAAGGCAGUUUAGACAACACCACUGCUGAGAUUCAGCUAUUAAGAGGUCAUUUGGAAAGAGCUGGUGAUGAGAUUCAUCUGCUAAAAAGAGGUUUGGAAACGACCACUGCUCAGACCCAAAUGGCAAACAGUCGUCUGGAACAGACAAACGCUCAGAUCCAAGGAUUAAAAACAGAGCUGGAAAACACCAAUGCCUUAAAUUCCAAUAUUCAGGUGUUAAAGGAUCAUCUGAAAAAUGACAGCAGAGAGAUACAAAACCUAAAACAAGGAAUGAAAGGUGCUGUGGCCUUAAUACCCAAGACCCGGACGUUAGAGAGCAAGCUGCAGGGAGCCAAUGCUGAGAUUCAGCAGUUAAAAAGGGAUUUGGCGAACACUAAAACACUAGCUACGAAAAUCCAGGAGGUGCAGAGUAGCCUGGAGACCCUCCGUGCAGCCUUCGCUUCGCAGGAGCAGCAACAGAAUUCCCAAAAUGAACUUCUCCAGUUUAUCCUGCAAGGUUGGAAGGUCCAUGGCAGGAACUUGUAUUACUUUUCUUCUGCCAAGAAAUCUUGGCAGGAGGCUGAGCAGUCCUGUGUGUCCCAAGGAGCCCACCUGGCCUCAGUGACCUCUGCAGAGGAGCAGGCAUAUCUGAUCCAGUUCACAAGUACCUCCUACCAUUGGAUUGGCCUCAACGACAGGGACAGGGAGGGCUCUUGGCGCUGGACUGAUGGGACACCAUUCAGUUCUUCUAGGAGCAGAGGGUUUUGGUCAGAUAAACAGCCAGACAACUGGAUCAGCAAUGGGCAGGAUGAAGAUUGUGUUCAUAUUCAGCAGAAGUGGAAUGACAUAAACUGCAACACCCUCUAUCACUGGGUCUGCAAGAAGCCCAUCAGUCAGGGUGUGGCCUGAAGUAGGCCAGAACUGAGAGGUCACCUCCACUGUCAGCUCUGGACCCUUCCCACCAUGGUGUCUUGUGAGCCUCUGAACCCAACUUGUUCUCUGGAGCUUUCCAUUUGGCCUUUUGUAUUUACUGCUCUGUCCUUUUAAUAUUUAACUCUCAAACAUGCUUAUCUUGUAUGACCCUAUGACAUCAACAUUUCCUCCAGACAAGAAUUGUGCUGUGCUUCUGUGUCCCCCUCAGCAACCAGCACUGGCCUGUCAGACAGCAAGUCUUCAAUAAAC